GCCAAGUACUCCAACUGCCCCGGGGAAUUUCGUGCCUGAAAAGUUGGUCAAGCGGACCGUUUAAUCGGCAACCAAGACCGAUCCUUCCUCCAACUCCGGAGUACUUCUAUCUCCAUCCUAAUCUCUACCCAUUCUUAUGAACUUUUGCUCUUUAUCCGUCGCUCUCGCACAGCUUCAUUCUUAAUCCUUAUGAAUCUACUGAAUACCAUUGCAUAAUGUCCCCUUCUACUGCUACUGCUACUGCUACUGCGCGCACGGAAUCGCCGGAUACAGGGUCUCGGCUGCUGGAGCACGACUCGACCCUGAUUGUUGGCAAGUCGGUGUCUCUCACCCUGGGAAGUGACUCUCUUGUUAUAGUCGAUGAGCGGGCCUCACGCAAGUCGGAUCGCGACGGAUGCUGCGGAUUCCUUAAAUCCAAAUCCAAAGAAACCCACGCUAUCUCGCUAUAUAAUAUCCUCGACGCUGAUCUCUCUCCCGCCGGCCUAACCAUCACCUAUGCGAAACCCGCAACCAAAGACGAUGUCACCGUCAACGCCCUACAAUACCCCAUCAACGAUGAAGAAAAGAAGAACGCCGACUCGUGGGUCCAGAAGCUCCUCAACCUUGCAUAUGGUGAUGCCCUACGCUACAAGCGGCUCAAAGUCCUGAUUAAUCCCUUUGGUGGAAAGGGUUCUGCAUCUGCGUUGUACAACGGCUAUGCGGCGCCGAUAUUUGCCGCCGCACGGUGCAGGGUUGAUGUGCAGACGACGUCGCACAUGGGCCAUGCUACAGAACUUUGUGAGAAGAUUGAUGUGAACGCGUAUGAUGCGAUCGUGUGCUGUUCUGGGGAUGGGUUGCCGUAUGAGGUGUUCAAUGGGCUGGCGAAAAAGGCGAAUGCGAAGGAGGCGUUGACGAAGGUGGCUGUUACUAUGAUCCCUUGUGGCUCGGGGAAUGCGAUGGCUUGGAACCUUUGCGGGACCGGGAGUGUUUCGGUGGCUGCUUUGGCUAUUGUCAAGGGGUUGAUGACGCCUAUAGACUUGGUUUCGAUUACGCAGGGGUCGACUCGUACGCUUUCAUUCUUGUCGCAAUCAUUUGGGAUCGUGGCGGACUGUGAUCUGGGAACUGAUGAUAUCCGCUGGAUGGGCGCGCAUCGUUUCACCUAUGGCUUCCUUGUCCGGCUCAUGCAACGGACGGUAUACCCGUGUGAUCUGGCGAUUAAGGUGGUUAUGGACGACAAGAAGGCGAUCAAAGACCACUAUCUCUCAUACACGCAGCGAGAACCUAUCAAACGCGAUCCCCAAGAGAUUGCCGGUCAGUCGGAAGGUCUGCCCGAAUUGCAGUACGGCACGGUAUUGGACGACCUUCCGAGCGAUUGGGAUGUUAUUCCAGGCGAGACCAUGGGCAACUUCUACGCCGGUAAAAUGGCUAUCGUGUCCAAGGACACCAAUUUCUUCCCUGCCGCGCUACCCAGCGAUGGUCUGAUCGACAUCGUCACCGUCGACGGAACCGUUCCUCGCAUGACAACCCUCAAAAUGAUGUCCGAAGUGCCCAAUGGCGGAUUCUUCGACAUGCCAGAAGUCAUCACCCGCAAGGCUGUCGCGUAUCGCCUCGUUCCCCGCGAAAAGGAAGGCUUCAUCAGUGUGGACGGCGAAAAGGUUCCCUUCGAGGCAUUCCAGGUAGAAAUUCACCAGGGUCUGGGCACCGUGCUGUCGAAGUCUGGUCAUUUGUAUGAAGCCGAGGGACCGAAGAUGUAAUGCCAGGAUUCCCUGGGUAGAGGGAAGAUGUAAUGUGUUUGCACGGUAUACUUAUAAUCAUGGUUCUGGUCUGCGCAUUUGUGAUGAUACCCUCGCGAGAUCGAACUAGCACUGGCUUGCUUGACGUUGAAUUGAUGCUUCCUGUACACUGCACUGCUGUAAUCAAACUAGAAUACAAGGUAGUACUUAGGAUAAUGUAUGCGGUAUUUU